CUGUCUGUCCGCUCUUCAGCAGCCGGUCGGGGGCGGUGGAAACGCGAGUGAGAAGAGCGCGGCGGCAGCGGCGGCGUAGCCAUCGCGGGAUUGCCGGGGGGAGAGCGAGGCCCGAGUGUCUGCGUCUAGGGUCAAAAUGGUUUCAAUCCCAGAAUAUUAUGAAGGCAAGAAUGUCCUCCUCACGGGAGCUACAGGUUUCCUAGGAAAGGUGCUUCUGGAAAAGUUGCUAAGGUCUUGUCCUAAGGUCAAUUCAGUAUACGUUUUGGUGAGGCAGAAAGCUGGACAGACACCCCAAGAGCGAGUGGAAGAAGUCCUUAGUGGCAAGCUCUUUGACAGAUUGAGAGAUGAAAAUCCAGAUUUUAGAGAGAAAAUUAUAGCAAUCAACAGCGAACUCACCCAACCUAAACUGGCUCUUAGUGAAGAAGAUAAAGAGGUCAUCAUAGAUUCUACCAAUAUUAUAUUCCACUGUGCAGCUACAGUAAGGUUUAAUGAAAAUUUAAGAGAUGCUGUGCAGUUAAAUGUAAUUGCUACACGACAGCUUAUUCUCCUUGCACAACAGAUGAAGAACCUGGAAGUGUUCAUGCAUGUGUCAACAGCAUAUGCCUACUGUAAUCGAAAGCAUAUUGAUGAAGUAGUCUAUCCACCUCCUGUAGAUCCCAAGAAGCUGAUUGAUUCUUUAGAGUGGAUGGAUGAUGGACUAGUAAAUGAUAUCACACCAAAACUGAUAGGAGACAGACCUAAUACUUACAUAUACACAAAAGCAUUGGCGGAGUAUGUUGUACAACAAGAAGGAGCAAAGCUAAAUGUGGCGAUUGUAAGGCCAUCAAUUGUUGGUGCCAGUUGGAAAGAACCUUUUCCAGGAUGGAUUGAUAACUUUAAUGGACCAAGUGGACUUUUUAUUGCGGCAGGGAAAGGAAUUCUCCGAACAAUGCGUGCCUCCAACAAUGCCCUUGCGGAUCUUGUUCCUGUAGAUGUAGUUGUCAACACAAGUCUUGCAGCAGCCUGGUAUUCCGGAGUUAAUAGGCCAAGAAACAUCAUGGUGUAUAAUUGCACGACAGGCAGCACUAAUCCUUUCCACUGGGGUGAAGUUGAAUACCAUGUAAUUUCCACUUUCAAGAGGAAUCCUCUCGAACAGGCCUUCAGACGGCCCAAUGUAAAUCUAACCUCCAAUCACCUUUUAUAUCAUUACUGGAUUGCUGUAAGCCAUAAGGCCCCAGCAUUCCUGUAUGAUAUCUACCUCAGGAUGACUGGAAGAAGCCCAAGGAUGAUGAAAACAAUAACUCGUCUUCACAAAGCUAUGGUGUUCCUCGAAUAUUUCACAAGUAAUUCUUGGGUGUGGAAUACUGACAAUGUCAAUAUGUUAAUGAAUCAACUAAACCCAGAAGAUAAAAAGACCUUCAAUAUUGAUGUACGGCAAUUACAUUGGGCAGAAUAUAUAGAAAACUAUUGCAUGGGAACUAAGAAAUAUGUAUUGAAUGAAGAAAUGUCUGGUCUUCCUGCAGCUAGAAAACAUUUGAACAAGUUACGGAACAUACGUUAUGGUUUCAAUACUAUCCUUGUGAUCCUGAUCUGGCGCAUUUUUAUUGCAAGAUCACAAAUGGCAAGAAACAUCUGGUACUUUGUAGUUAGCCUGUGUUACAAGUUUCUGUCAUACUUUCGAGCAUCCAGCACUAUGAGAUACUGAAGACCAAGAAUUUAGCUUUAGAACAUCUAUGCAUAUGGUGGUCUAAAAAUGCACAAAAUGUAAAAUGUACUUAAAGUCAUCUCACUUUUUGUCAAACAUUAAACCAUCUUAGAUUGGAGUGUGGAGUAAAAUAUGGUACAUUUUAUGUAACAUUUAAUGUUUAUGGUCAUAAAACCUAGUGAACACACUGUGGUAUGCCAGCUCAAAUCUAUAAUAGCCACCAAAACCAUGACUAAACGUUUUGAUCCCUGGAAAGAAAGGGAUAGGGUGAGGGCAAGAGUAGGAAAUAGGAACCCUGACCAGUAUAACUGUGCAAUUUUUGGGACAUAUUAAUUAAAAUAUGCCUUAACAUAAUUUCUACUAUUUAGUGCAAUGGGUAGCAUUUAUUUGGAUAGGAAUACUAGCUAAGUUGGUAGAUGUCUGAUUCUUUAAUGUUCAAUUUUUUUUUUCAUCAAUUGAAGUGGGUUUGAGUUUUGUUAAGUCUAUAACCAAACUAUUUUCACUUCAUCCUAUAAGUUAUUGAGUGAUAUCAAACAUGAAAACGUGUUCCAUUUUUCUUUUUCUGAUUAAAUGUCUAGUGCAUAUCAUUUUUCUAUAAGUAAUCAGUUGCUUUAUAAUGAGAAGGCUAUAUAUUAUUCUAAAAACCCACUGGAUCUAAAUGGGUUUGAAAAUCCAUAUCAAUAUAUGCUGUGUGUUUUUAAAGGACAACAAAAACAAAUUCAUUGAAACUGUAUCAAAAAGAAUAGGAGUACUUUUUUCUUGUCCACAUUUCARUCAAAUAAAAAUCAAUCUUGUGAGAUUGUGUUUAUAUAUUGAAGCAAGAGGAUUUUUUAGGACUUUAUUGGAGGUGGGUGUAGGGAAGGAUUCACCAUACUUGGGCUCUCCUUCCUUUAUACAUUAUAUCAUAGGACUUUUAAAAGGCUUGUACUGCUUUUCAAAUGAGAUCUGAAAGUGCAUUAUUAUGGAAGAAUGUAUUUGCAGCUAGUAAUAACAUCAAGAAAAUGUCCUUGUGUGUAAGUAAACACAUAUUAAUUUUGACCUUGAAAGCUGAAUUCCUUAAAGAAAAUAAUACAAAAUGUGUAUAAAAUUAAAUAAAGGACUUUAUUUACAUACCAUAUAAAGUAGCAAACUGUUGAAUGAGUUUGAAGAUAUCAUUUAUUUUUUCUGCAUGUGGUUUUAGCUUUAGAAAGAAAUGCAUUAUAGAAACAAGUAAUAGCAAGAAAAUUGAUGUAUAUUUUAAUGAUACAUUAUAAUUCCCUUUAAAUUGCAAUAGUAGUUUACUAUUUUAACAUAUAUUUGGUUUAACAGAUUGUUCAGCAUUACACUGUUCUAAUUAAGCUGAUCAAGUUGUAUUAUAUUUAAAUCAUCAGCAAUGUAUCGUGAAUAUGUUUAAAGGGUUCAGUUCACAGUACAAAGUUACAUGUAACUUCUCAAUUUCCUUUGUCAAUUUAAAUGCAAUGUAUAAAAAGUUUAUUUUGAUAUUGUGGAAAAACUAAAUGUAAAAGAAAUCACCUUCUUCCAUGCAGGUGUAUAAUCUUGAAAAAGAAAAAUGCUUCCAUGUUGAAGCCAGAUUUUCUGUAGUAAAACUUUUAAACAUUAUUUUAAAAGAAAUAUGUAUGUAAAUAGCUAUAUAUUCUUUGGAAUGAUACUAAAGUCUUUGGUCAAGGACCAUACCUUGUAUAAGGUGUGAGAGACCAUGACAGUGUGAAAAUGGAAUAAAUAAUGAUGCCUUGGGUUUAAGGUGGCCCAUAUAUUUACAUUAAGUACUUCAUCUCUCCAAAUAUAUUUCCAUAACAUGUUGAAAACAUGCUAACAUUUGUAUGAGUUUUGUAAUUCUGCCAGAGAUACCUAGAAUCAGAUGAAUUUUCUUUAUGUCUAACAAGAGGAUCAGGUGCAACUUGGGCAGGCCUGUGAAGUGCUUUGGGAGUAUUUUGUCUUCUGACCUGUUUUACUGUUCUUAUAAUUUAAGUUAAAUAYGAAUUGGGAGGGUGCUGAGGCCACUGUAUUAAUUUUGUGUUUAGAAUUGUGUCAAAAGAAGGGUAAUGGGUAAAUUAAGUAUAUCAUCCUAGGACUUAAAAUUCUAAAGUUAGUAUAAAGAGUGUAGAUUGUUAAUCCUCACCAACUAGAUUUUGGAUUUAAGUCAGAUUCAAAGAUUUUGGAAGACUGUUCUCUGUAUAGUUUCAUAGACAACGUUUUUAGUUCUGUGUGUAUGUUUCUCACAAACUCAUUUAACAAGACAGUUUAUAAAAUAGAUUCAUUUCAUUUAGUUCAUUUGAUAAAACUGUAUUCUAAAACAUUUUAGAUAUUUCCCAUUUUUCACUCUUAAUUGGGACAUGUGUGUUAAAUUGUGAUAUCAUUAAGAGUUUAUUUAAAUUUGAUCUGGCAACAAUAUAUGUCCUACAGCUCAGUGCAGAGAAACAUGGCAAUAUGUUGUUCUUUGACCUAAGGAUGGCAUAGAAUGAAGAUUCUUUGUAUUUGUAUAAUAAAGCUUGGAAGCGGGGGGAAAACCUCACUUCUCCCCUUUCUUUGUCUGCAGGAACUGAUUCAGGAUUUUUUGGUUUGUAUUUUUGUUUUAAUUGUGAACAGAUAAUCUUUUAUAAGCAGUAAAUAGAAGCAUUAUUGGGUGCCUUUGUUUGUAAACCAAAAAGUAAUAAAUGAAUCCCUCUAUUUCCAUUAUAGU